UCUCAGUUUCCUUUCUUUCAAAUAAACCAAUAAAGUUUCCCCAAAAGCUGAAUUAAUCAUCCAAUGGGGUGGUUGUUUUUGUGUUUACAUCUUUUUCUCUUCCAUUUUCCAUCCUUCUCUUCUUCUUUCAAUUUCUUAUGUCAUCAUCAUGAGAAUUCCGCCUUGCUUCAAUUCAAGUCCUCAUUCACUAUAGAUACUGUUUAUUAUCCUUGUUAUGAAUCUCCUGUGAAAACAACAUCAUGGAAAAAUGGGAGUGAUUGUUGUUCAUGGCAUGGGGUGACUUGUGACACUGUCUCUGGUCAUGUGAUUGGCCUCAACCUUGGCUGUGAAGGCCUUUCUGGUACAUUACAUCCCAACAGUACCCUUUUCCAUCUUUCUCAUCUCCAAACACUCAACCUUUCUGGCAAUCAUUUCUAUGACACCCAUUUUCAUUCUAAGUUUGGGGCGUUUAUGAGUCUUACACAUCUUGACUUGUCUUAUUGUCACUUUCAAGGUAAAGUUCCUCCUCAAAUCUCACACCUUUCUAAAUUAACAACACUUGAUCUCUCUUACAAUUAUGUGUUAGUUUGGAAAGAGAGCACUUUGAAGAGGCUUGUGCAAAAUGCAACAAAUUUAAAGGAGCUAUUUUUAGAGGAAACAGACAUGUCUUCAAUAAAAAUAAACUCCCUUGAUUUUAUCUUCAAUCAUUCUUCCACUUUGGUUACUCUAAAUCUUGGAAACACAGGAUUAAGAGGAUCCUUCCAAAAAUGUAAUUUGUGCUUGCCAAGUAUUCAACAACUAUACAUGUGUAGUGGUACUGACGACUUUCAAAUCCACCUUCCAGAAUUGAGUUGCAGUGUUUUUCUUAGAAUUUUGGAUUUUUCAGAUAAUGAUUUUCAAGGACCCAUUCCUCCAUCAUUUUCUAACCUCACACAUCUUACUUCUCUAAAUCUCAAAUGGAACUCCCUUAACGGUUCAAUCUCCUCCUUACUUUUGACUCUUCCAUCUCUAAUUUCUCUCCAUCUCUCUGAAAAUCAUUUCAGUGGUGAGCUUCCAAUAUCACUUUCAAACCUUCAACAUCUCAUUAGCUUAGACCUUUCAGCCAAUUCAUUUAAGGGUCAGAUUCCUGAUGUGUUUGGCGGGAUGACUAAACUGCAACAACUCGAUUUAAGUUUAAACAAUUUAGAAGGACGAAUUCCUUCUUCAUUAUUUAACUUGAAUCAACUUCUCACAUUAGAUUGCUCUCGUAAUAAACUGGUGGGUCCCCUAACCGACAAAAUUUCAGGGUUUCAAAAGCUAACUGAUUUGAAUUUACAUAACAACUUGUUAAACGAAACAAUUCCUUCCUCCAUGUUAUCUUUGCCAUGUUUGAAAAGUUUAUCUCUAACAAACAACCGAUUUACCGGGCAUAUAAGUGCAAUUUCAUCUUAUUCCUUAGAAGAACUUAAUCUAUGCGACAACAAACUACAGGGAAAUAUUCCAAAUUCCAUUUUCAACCUUUCAAACCUAACCAUAUUAUGUCUAUCAUCAAACAACUUGAGUGGUGUUGUUGAUUUUCAAAAACUUUCCAAACUUCAAAAUUUGCAGUCUCUGUCUCUUUCACAUAAUACCCAAUUAUCAUUGAAAAUUGAGUCCAAUGUCAAUUACAAUUUUUUCCAACUACAGAUAUUAGAAUUGUCUUCUUUCAGUUUUAAUGAACUUCCCAAAUUCAUAGGAAAACUCGUAAGUUUGUAUCAUCUUGAUAUGUCUAAUAACAAAUUAACUGGAAGAGUGCCCAAUUGGUUACUUGAAACAAUGAAUGACAAUGGAGUUUUAAACCUUUCUCAAAACUUGUUUACAUCAAUAGAUCAUAUCUCAACAAGUAAUUAUCGGUUCAGUUCCCUUGAUCUUAGUUAUAACCUACUACAAGGUGAACUUUCUAUGUCAAUUUGCAACAUGACUUCACUGACAUUUCUCAAUCUUGCACACAAUAAAUUGACUGGUAUCAUUCCGAAAUGGCUUGUUAAUUUACCGUCUCUUGGAGUUUUGGAUAUACAAAUGAACAAACUUCAUGGCACUUUGCCAAAUAACUUUUCAAAGGAAAACGAACUUUUAACUCUGAAUCUCUUUGGCAACCAAUUAGAAGGUCAUUUGCCGAAAACUUUGUCCCAAUGCGGAAAUAUGGAAGUUUUAAAUCUUGGCAGCAACAGAAUAGAAGACAAAUUUCCUGACUGGCUUCAAACUUUGCAAAAUUUGAAAGUGUUGGUUUUGCGAGACAACAAAUUGCAUGGUUCCAUUGCAAAUGUAAGGAUCAAUUAUCCAUUUCAUGGUUUAAUUAUUUUUGAUAUCUCAGGCAACAACUUUAGCGGUCCACUACCAACAAAUUAUUUUAAAAAGUUUGAAGCCAUGAAAAGUGUUAUUGAAGUUCCGGAAGGCAUUUCAUAUAUGGAAAAGGCUAUUAAUUCUGAACUAAUGAAUGCCACAGUUAGAGAUAGACUUGGAUUUAAAGAUGGACCAGUGGUUUUUCAGGAAUACUAUGAUUCUAUGAUUUUGACAAUGAAAGGAAACAAUAUGGAAAUGAAAAAAAUUCUAACAAUCUUUGUAAGUAUUGAUUUGUCAAGAAACAAGUUUGAAGGAGAGAUUCCAAAUGAUAUUGGAGAGCUUCAUUCGCUCAAAGGACUUAAUCUUUCUCAUAACAGACUAGUUGGUCACAUUCCACAAUCCAUGGGAAACUUGACAAACUUGGAAUGGUUGGAUCUCUCCUCAAAUAUGUUAAAUGGUAUGAUUCCUGCCGAAUUCACAAAUCUAAAAAGCCUUGAAGUCUUGAAUCUUUCCAAUAACCAUCUUGUGGGAGAAAUACCUCAAGGAAGUCAGUUCAAUACAUUUUCAAAUGAUUCAUAUGAAGGGAACCUGGGGUUAUGCGGAUUUCCCUUGUCAAAGAACUGUGGACCUGAACAACAUUCGCCACCUUCACCCGACAAGCUUUGGAGUGAGGAGAAAUUUGGAUUUGGAUUUGGAUGGAAGCCAGUGGCAAUUGGAUAUGGAUGUGGAUUUGUGUUUGGAAUGGGCCUUGGAUAUUGCAUGUUCUUAAUUGGAAGGCCAAGAUGGCUUGUGAUGAUAUUUGGUGGCCAACCAAAGAGAAGAGUGAGAAGAAGAAGAGCAAGAGUGAGGAGGACCAAUGGUUCAACCAUGAAUCAGAUGAUACAAAUGUCAUAAUUGUCUUGUUGUGGUUAUUUUUUCUACUGUGUUAGUUUUUCAUAUUAUGUUUAAAAUAAGCUUGAUCAUUCUUGUUUGAUCAUCUAGUUUACUUGCAUAAGUUUUUCAUUAUUGUUAUU